AUGCUCUCUCUCCUGUGGUGUAGGAUGGGGGCCUCGGACGACGUGUUCAGCGGCCGCAGUACCUUCAUGCAUGAGCUGACCGAAGCCUCGGACAUCAUCUUCCGUGCGACCGAGCGUUCGCUGGUGAUUCUGGACGAGCUGGGCCGAGGCACCAGCACUCACGACGGGAUGGCCAUCGCCUACGCCACUCUGGAGCACUUCGUCACAAAAGUGAAGUCCUUUACGCUGUUUGUGACACAUUACCUUCUUCUGAGUGAACUGGAGAAACUGCAUCCUCUGCACGUCCACAACUGUCACAUGUCUUUCCUGCUGAACGAUCCCGACGCCGCUGCAAGUUCCCAUGAUGACGUUCGGCCCGAGUUCAUUACAUUUCUGUACCAGCUGACAGGGGGCGCUGCUGAGCGGAGCUACGGCCUGAAUGUGGCUCGGCUCGCGGACAUUCCCGACGCCAUUCUGCACCGGGCAGCGAAGAAAUCCCGCGAGCUGGAGAACAUGAUCACUGACAAAAGGAAGAAUAAGAAGCUUCUCUCUGAUCUGUGGAAGAUUUCAGACAAAAAGGCGCUGAUGGAGUGGCAGACCCUGAGCUCGUCUUCCUCAGAGGAGCUUUGUACAAACCCAGUGGAAAAGCCCAAGACCUGA